AAUGAAAGGAAACUAUGUUAGAAAGGGGUCCAUACCAUUCCAUAUUCCGUUUCCGUAUAAAGCAAAUGUGCUGACUUUUGUACAAUUACAAAGUCGGCAAUAAUGCCGACUUUAUGAGAAUAGGAAGUCAGUACAGAGUAAUCUGCUGAACUUUUGCCGGCCUUAUUUAGAACCUGCCGUUUUUAGAGAUGCUCCCAUUUCCUUUUUGGUACAUUCAAGUUAGUUGACUUGUUGUGUUAAAGGGGUAGAGGUGUAGAAGUAAGAGGAGGGUACUGACGCUAAAAUCAAGAGCUCAUUUAUCGAAAUCCAUAAAUUUCUGAAUAAUUUAUUUAAUUGGAGAGGCCACAACCAUCCAUCUAGUCAAUAGGAAAAGUCUAUAAAAGAAAGGUCAGCAAGAAAACCGGGACUAAACAUCAACACUGUUCAUCUGCUGCCCCUAAUUAGCAUCCUAGCCAUGGAUAUCUUAUCAAAGGUUCCUGAUUUGCUUUGAUCCAGUGCCACACAAAUCCUAGUUACGUCUCCUUAUCUUCUUAGUGAUCCUUUUUUGUUUUAACGGUAACAAGAAUGUCGCUGCGUGAAGUCGUUAGUCUUGAGGGAUGGCAAGCUCCCUCGUGUCGCUCCAGUUCCCUCUCCUCCCUCCUCCUCCCAUCCGACCAGGCUUUUCUUGAUCCUUGGCACCCCAAAUCCCAUCAAAACCCUAUCUAGUGUUUUGGAAGAUAGGAGGAGGAGAUCCUUGAGAUCCUCCUCUCUGGCUUCGGUCAUUUGUUUUCUUUGCUCUGAUCUUGGAGUCCCCUCUUCGAGGAAAACCCAUGAAAAAAUAGCUAGCGUUCCGGUGAGCUGUGCUGCGAUGGAGUCACAGGUCCCCAGAGCUCCUCCUCCUCAAAUUUGUACGGCCGCUGAUGUGGUGAGGGAGUACUAUCAUGGGUUCAAUCGCUGGGACCUUGCAUCGAUGGAGGCUUUGAUUGGAGAGGACUGUGUCUAUGAGGAUUUGCUCUUUUCCCAGCCUUUCAUUGGAUGCAAGGCUAUUCUUGAGUUCUUCAAUAAGUUAGCAGAAUCUACCAGCAGUGACCUUCAGUUUGUUAUUGAUGACAUAUCUAAUGAAGAUAUAUCAGCUGUUGGAGUUACAUGGCACUUGGAGUGGCAUGGCACGCCUUUCCCAUUCAACAAAGGGUGCAGUUUCUAUUGUACAGAGGUAUUGGAUGGCAAAAGACAAAUAAUCUAUAUGGACGAGACUGCAUGGAACAUGCUAUAAAGCUUGGAGAGAUGACACUGCUGUUAUGGAUAAUUGCUAUGUUAUGAUUGUGAGGUUAACCCAGCUAACCUGGAAGGAAGCUAAAUAAAAUAAUCAUUCGCAUCCCUGUCUGGCUGUAAGACUUCCUAGGCAUCUCCAAAUACCAUUGAUCUAGUAGUCUUCAUCAAUAUCAGUGUUUCGAUUUCUGAUAGCAUGGGAAUGCAGGGGCUUCUAAAGGGAGCUACUUGGAUACUGCAACAAUUUCCACAGCUUUCUGAUCAACUGUGACAGAAGCUUCUAAUCAGUUGUGAUGGAAGUGUCCUCUGCUUGAUUUCUAUAAUAUUUGUAACGCAUCAUUGACUUGGACUGUAAUUUUAUAGCUAAUUUUUGUCUAAUGGAAUUUCAAUCUUAGUGUUAUCAUGAUUGCAAUUGCACAAUGGGACUAUUAAAACCUUGGGAUCCUGUUUGUAAUCGUUCAAACUACGCCCAACUGAAUGGAUGGUAGCUGCUAAAUCCUAGGAGCAUCAUUGUCUUGUAAAGUGAUGAAACUCCAAAUUCAUGUUCAAUAAGUGUGAUGACAAUCUGGUUUGCUUAUUGUUUAGAA